AUGGAAGCUCACCGGUUGCUGGAGAAGAAAGGGUACAACAUUUCAUCUUAUGGGACGGGAAAUCGAGUCAAGCUCCCAGGAACUUCCCACGACAACCCAAACGUGUAUGCUUUUCAAACGCCCUACAAUGAAAUCUACGAAGAUUUAUACAGAAAGGACCGAAACGUUUACCGCCAAAAUGGAAUGCUAAACAUGCUGGACCGAAAUCGCAAGAUCAAACGGCACCCGGAGAAGUUUCAGGACAACAAGGAUGUCUUCAACAUCAUCCUGAGCUGCGAGGAGCGCGUCUACGAUCAGAUUCUCACCGAUUUCAACGAAAGAAAAGCUAAAUCGUUUACCCAGUGCCAUGUCAUCAACUUGGACAUUCCUGAUAAUCAUGAAGACGCGGAUAUUGGAGCUAUCGUCUUUUCACAGUUGCUCGACGAGUUGAUAAAAGACAACGAUUUGGAUGCAAACAUCGACGAGUUGCUCCAAUCCUUCGAGGAAGAAAAGAAGCGAGAUCUUAUGCACUCUGUCGUUUUCUACUGA